AGAGUCCGGCCGGAGCGGAGCGUGCCCGGCCCCAUGGACAGCUCGGCCGUCAUUACUCAGAUCAGCAAGGAGGAGGCACGGGGCCCGCUACGGGGCAAAGGUGACCAGAAGUCAGCUGCUUCUCAGAAGCCCAGGAGCCGGGGCAUCCUCCACUCGCUUUUCUGCUGUGUCUGCAAGGACGAUGGGGAGGCCCUUCCCACACACAGUGGGGCACCCCUGCUCGUGGAGGAAAAUGGAGCUGUCCCCAAGCAGAGCCCAGUGCAGUACCUGCUCCCAGAGGCCAAGGCCCAGGACUCAGACAAGAUCUGCGUGGUCAUCGACCUGGACGAGACCCUGGUGCACAGCUCCUUUAAGCCAGUGAACAAUGCGGACUUCAUCAUCCCUGUGGAGAUCGAUGGGGUGGUCCACCAGGUCUACGUGCUGAAGCGGCCCCACGUCGAUGAGUUCCUGCAGCGAAUGGGCGAGCUCUUUGAGUGUGUGCUGUUCACCGCCAGCCUGGCCAAGUAUGCCGACCCAGUAGCUGACCUGCUGGACAAAUGGGGGGCCUUCCGGGCACGGCUGUUUCGUGAGUCCUGCGUCUUCCACCGAGGGAACUAUGUGAAGGACCUGAGCAGGCUGGGUCGAGACCUCCGUCGAGUGCUCAUCCUGGACAACUCGCCCGCCUCCUACGUGUUCCAUCCAGACAAUGCCGUACCAGUGGCCUCAUGGUUCGACAACAUGAACGACACGGAGCUCCACGACCUCCUGCCCUUCUUCGAGCAGCUUAGCCGCGUGGAUGACGUGUAUUCAGUGCUCAGGCAGCCACGGCCUGGCAGCUAGUGAGGCGCCCUGGGGCCAGGACCUGCCCCUGACCACAGCUACACCCUUCGUUCGUGGACUUCUCCUUAAGAAAACCGAGCAGCCUGGGCCACCGCAGUGCCAUGGGGAAGUGGGCCACUCCCCCUCCAGCCUGGCUGGGCAGCGAAGCGGGCAGGCAGCAGGCCGCAGUGAGGCCAAUCAGCACCUGGGUCCCGUGUCAGUGCCUUAGAACCUCCUCCCUCUUCUCGAGGGACCUGUGGGGCCCAGUGUGCGGCUCCCCCUUUCUCUCUCUCUGUGCUGCCAUGUUUCUCUGCUGCCACAUUGGGCCCCUCGGCCCUUUCCAGUUCUGCAUGGGGGAGGGGCAGGGUUCCUGCUGCCCCAUGCCUUGGGCCCCCAGCCUGGGAACAGUGGACACCAAGUGCCUUCCAUAGAGCCCUCUUCCCCACCUGGUUUUCCCAGGGUCAAAUCAGGUCAGCUCUUGCCUGGAACAACCUCUAGGAUGCUGGUGGGAGAGGAACCAGUCUCCCCACCUGCUCCCUGGGGACUGAUAGAGCCCUUCCCCCCAUCUCUGCCUAGACGUCGUGGGCGGGAGGGUAGAAGAUCUGUUACUACUUGUGAAGGGAACAGGGGUCUGUUUUUUAGGGCCCAGAGUCUAGCUUCUCUGGGCUCAGCAGCUGACGGCUGCUCCCCACACCACCCACGCCCUCACCCCUCAACACUCACCUUGACCCCUCCCAAGGCCCUGGGUCUUGGCUCCUCCAGCUUUGAGUGUGGGGGCAUAUCAGGACCCCUUUGAGGUGUCAUAUAAAUAUGUAUAUGUGUAUAUAGAUUUUUAGGGGAAGGAGAGAGGGAAGGGUUGGGUUAGAGACACCCCUUCCUCACCCUUUUCCUGUGCCCAUAAAUUGUGGGGAGGGAGGGAAAGGAUUUUUACAUUUUUUAAACUGCUAUUUCCUCAAUGAGACAAGCUGGGCCAAGAGGCCCCAGGCCCAGCCCUCUGUCCCUGACACCCUCUUUGCUCCAUUCAUUCAUUCAUUCAUUCAUUCAUUCAAAACAGUUAUUGAGCACCUUCUCUAUGCCCAGCCUGUGCUAGGCCAACCAGCUGACUGUGUGUGGGGUCUCUGUACCGCCUAAGCGGUGCCUCCCCCACCAACCCCGUACUUCACCGAUGCCUUUAGGGGAUCUGUAGGAGGUGGGACCCUUCUGGGAUUUGGGGGUCUUCCUGCGAAGCUGUCCCCCUCCACUGUGCCAACCCACUCUCUGCAGCCCUCUGCCUCAUUCUCUGCUGGCUGGGGGCAGUUCCCAGGACAUCCUGCCUUCCAGUUCUGCCUCCUUUAUCUGGAACCCUUCCCCCAAAUGAUGAGUCUGGAAGUCAAGGCCUUGGGCUCUCCCCAGGGCCUAAUGGUUAAGGGGACCCACAUACCAGUGCCAAGAGGAGUGUCAAAUGGAGAUGUCAUUGUCCCCCCCCCCCAGAAAUCUGGGGGUGGGAAGGACAUGGCUGGUCUGAAUCGAGUGACCCUCCCAUCUAAGUGCCUUCUCUGUGAUGGAGAGCCCCUCAGUUUGAUGAGAACUAAAGAGAAAGCCAGAUCCCCCAUCCUGCCUCUGUGGUUAUUGGGGGGGGGGUGAUGAAGUGGGAGGAGUGAUUGUGUUUCCUACGAAGCCACACCCCACUUCUGCAAACUCUGGAGGGCGGGAAGUGCUAGUGGAGGAGGAGCUGCCCAGGCCCCUGGGUGUUCAAGUGCGAAAGUGCAAGGUUAAGCGCACCACUUGGAUCUGAGUACUAUUUAAUUCUUCUACCUCGCUCAGCCUCAGUUAUGUGAUCUGCAGAGUGGAGCUCGGCCCUUUGCAGAGUUGAUUAAAUGCUUGGAGGACUCGUAGGAGUAGCUCUAAAGCUGAACUGAAAGGCGUCCCUAGGAGAGGCCCCUGGAAGUGCCAAACUACACCCCAGGAUGACUUCCGAUUGCAAUGGGGAGAAUGUGCCUUUACAGUGGGAAUAUCGCAGUAACCAAGGGAGCAAACUUCGCAUCACCUGUGCUGGGGCAGCUUGACAUCAUAUCCCUCCCGAUGUGAUGCAAUGUGAAGUACACAGCAUCACCUUUGCCCAUGGACCGGCACAUCAGCCACACCUGGGAGCUUGUUAGUAAUGCAGAACCUCAGGCCCCACCCCAGACGUAGCGAAUCAGAUUCUGCAUUUUAAAAGGAUUCCCAGAUCAUUCUUACAAUAUUGAAGUUUGAGAAGCACUGGCCUUUUUCAAGUAUUCUUCAAAAAAAUCAUUUAACGAGAACUUAUCAAGCCUUUAGAGGUACUUUCGGUUUGUGGGAAAUACAGGAGGAAGAGGAACAAAUUAAAUAAUAAAGAAAAACAGACAAAUCUACAGUGUGAACGUUCUACAAGACCACUGUCCUUGACUCAGGUAAGUCAAUGUCAUAGAAAAAAAAGCUGGAAGACUUCUAGAUUUAAAAAAUACUGAAGAUAAGACUAUAUACGCUUAAUAGGCUAUAUCUUAAUAUCAAAAGAAUUGCAAAGAACUUUACUUAGUAGGUUUAUUAUUGACAGUGUUAUUGGUUGCUGUGUUUCUGAAACUAUUUUGUGUUUAUUGUAUGACAGGUAAACAUGUUAACGUCUGAAAACCAAGAUUUUCACUGUGGGAUAAGGAAAAUACAUAUAUAGAAUGUGAAAAAAAAUACUAAAGAAAAGUAACAGUCAAAGGAAAUGCAUGAUCUUGAUUUGACUAUGAAUUAAUUAAAACAGCUGUUAAAGUCCCUGAGAGGACAAUUAGAGAAAUUUGACCAUGGGCUGAAUAGAAAGUAUAUUAGAAAUAAUUUGUAUUAUUGUCAGAAGAAAAUCGUAUUACAGUUAUGAAGGACAGUGUUCUAAUUCUUAGGAGAUGUGUGAUACACUAAAUAUUUUGGGUUGAAUAUUAUGAUAUCUGUAACUUCUAUAUAUAUAUAUAUAUGACAAAUUUUAA